AUGCAAUUGCAGAGAUUGGUUGCCGAAUUGAACAAAGAACAGGAGGCUUUCAUCGCCAGCAAAAGCACAGAGAAGGGUGAGGCAGUGGCACCGUGGGUCGGUGCCCCGAACGAGGACGUGCUGCGCGAAGAAUGCCUGUCCCUGUCAAUGGAUCAGCGUAACUUCCUGAAAUCACCACCGAAGGAAGUCGAUUUCCCAUGGAACUUUGAAGCCGUGCAACCAAUGGCCCAGGCCACUCUUGCUCUCGAUCCCAACUUAGAGAACAUGCGUUUCCAGCUUGUACCGAAAGUAAUUUCCGAAGAGAACUUCUGGCGCAACUAUUUCUACCGCGUGUCCGUUCUUCGUCAAAGCCACGAGCUGAACACCAUGGCCAACCAAGCUGAGAACAAUUUGAAUCAAACGUCUGCUGGAUCUAUUGAACAGGCUGAAGUUCAAGUGACCACCGGCCAGGAAAGCAGCGGAACCGUGAUGGCCGAAAAUAACAACACGUUGGCCGAUUCACCGGGCCACGAAUUCGUGUCCGAUAGCAUGAGGGUCACUGACACGGACCUCGAAGAGGUCCGCGAGGGCAUGAAAAAGCUGGGGAUGCAGCCACCGAAAGAAGAGGAUUGGGAACGCGAAUUGGAAGCAGAACUGAAGGAUUACGAGGUAGUGGCAGGUAGCGAGGAGAGGAACACCGUGGCGACGCCAGUCAGAAGCGGCGACGCGUUGGACAAAGAUUGGGAGAAACAGAUCGACGAGUUGCUGGCAAACGACGACGACGACGAAGGGGACAUCAAGUGA